UCGUUUCAUAUUAUGCUGUAUCGUUUAUUUCGCGUCGCAAAUCACUCUUUACGGCAAUAUGUUUCGUCAAUUGGAUAACGCUUUGCGUUCUUCCACACGUGCUGCGUGGAACACAACACAAACAAACACGGAGGAGAGUGAACGUGACACGGAGACCUUACCCCAAAGAGGGGCUACUUCGGUCGCAUGGACGUGGUUUGGGUAUGAAAAGUCUGACACGGACCAGAAAACCGUCCUCUGCAAAAUAUGCCGCAGACCGGUCCCGACAACAGGCUCAAACACCACUAACCUCUUACCACCUACACAAGAAUCAUGUGAAACAGAACGGAAAGAGUCUACGGAUGAGACCCCAAAAAGUACAGCCGAGUGCUCAAAACAAACCCCCGACUCAGACGUUGCAAGAGGCUUUUGCCUGCGGCACACCAUAUGGCAAAGAAUCACGAAGAUGGAAGGAGAUAACAGCUGCAGUUACAACGUACAUCUGCAAAGAAACGGGGGUUUCGUGAGUUGGUGCUAACACUCGACUCAAGGUUCAUGGACAAGAAGCUUUCUCUGAAGCUGAACGGUGGCAGGCAGGUCCAAGGAGUCCUGCGAGGAUUUGACCCCUUCAUGAACUUGGUGAUGGAUGACUGCUUGGAGAUGGCCCCUGGGGGAAUACAGAACACCAUAGGCAUGGUGGUAAUCAGAGGAAACAGCAUCAUCAUGUUGGAGGCACUUGAGAGAGUAUGAGGGUGGGGAUGGCUUGAAAGAAGUUGAAUAAUGGACAUUAUACACUUUUUUUAUUAUGUCAUUUCCUUGUUUUUCCUGUUGAUAGAGUAUGUAUUUGAUACGUUUAGACAGAUGUUUCAUUUGGAAAUGUUUUGAAUUGUGAAAUCUUGUGAAUAAACUGGGUAUUUUGUUUUCUUUA